AAAUGGUGGAGUCUGUACGUGUCGCAUAAGAUACAGAUAUUUACAUUGUAAAAGGAUACAUUUCUUUACAGGCAGUCCAAAUUUCCACCCAAUUUUUGAACAAUAGAGAUGGAAGGCUUAGAAAAAAUCGAGUUUGGUUCCGCCAUCAAAGAUCAGGAAUUUUUUCUGAGGGAAAAAUGUGUUCAUCUGAAUCAUGGCUCGUACGGAGCAGUACCACGACGGGUCUACGAAUACAGAUUGAAACUGCAAAACGAACUUGAAGAACAUCCAGAACUGUGGUUCCGAAGAAAUAUUCGUCAAUAUUGGGCCGAUUCCAAAGCGGCAAUUUGUAAAUUUGUCAAUAUUAAGGACACUGAUUGUAUGGUUUUUGUAGAAAAUGCUACGACUGGCACCAAUGCAGUCUUAAAGAGUCUGAAAUUCCUGAAAGGGGACAUAAUUCUAGGCACCAACUUGACCUACCAAGCUGUGAAAAAUUUGGUUCAAUAUGUAGGAGAAACUAGAGAGGGAGUCGAAUCCAGAUUUUUAAAAAUAACGCUACCAAUAAAAACGAAAGAUGACAUCAUCAAUUUGUAUCGCGAUUAUUUGAAAAAUAACAAAAACGUGAAAAUUGCUGUCAUUGACUAUAUAACCAGUCCGAGCGCCAUUUUGAUGCCAGUAAAAGAAAUUAUCGAAGUUUGUCGUCAACAUGGAGUUUUAACGUUAAUAGAUGGCGCUCACUCACCAGGACAAAUUGAGCUGAAUUUGGACGAAUUAGGAGCUGAUUUUUUUGUUGGAAAUUUACACAAAUGGCUGUUUGCUCCACGCGGCUGCGCUAUUUUAUACGUAGCGAAACAACACACAGAUAAAAUCCACGCUCUUAAUUCAUCAUGGCAUCUUUACGAAGGAUUGAACGCAGAAUUUAUUGACAACGGAACCAAAGACCAUACGCCAUUCUUUUGUGCCGAGGCUAGUUUGAAUUUCUUUAAGAGUAUCGGUGGUUUUGAAAAGGUUUACGGGUAUAAUAAGAAGUUGAUUCGAGAGGGAAGUGAGUAUCUGAUGAAGUUAUGGGGAACAGACAAGCAAGAUAUACCAGAAACCAUGGAAGCUCCGUUUAUGAUCAACGUUCAACUUCCGCGACUAAAAGGUGUCGAAGUUAGCGGAGAGUCGACGAUGAAAUUACAACUAGAUUUACUGGAAAAUCAAGACAUCACUUCAGUCUUCAUUACUUAUCUUGGAGUGAAUUAUUGUAGACUCAGUUGUCAAGUCUAUAAUACAAUGGAUGAUUUUAUUAAAUUAGGUCAGGCUGUGAAAAAAUUAAUG